AGUCUCAAUCCUUCCUCAAGAUCUUUACAAUAUUUUUCUUUUCGAAAGCAGGAUACCCAGUUGAGAAAUCAUGGUGAGGGAACGGAGGGUCGAUUCAUUCUAUACACGAUUGCGAGAGGCCGCUUCCGCUUCAGCUUUAGCUUCCUCCUCUCCUCUGUUGAUAUUUCCGUCGACAUCCGACGUAGACUCUCUCUGCGCCCUGAAGAUCAUAUUCCAUGUUUUGGAGUCUGAUUCCGUCCGCUACGCUUGCUAUCCGGUCUCUUCCUUCAAGGAAAUUCACAAGUAUGCAGGCCCCGAUCUCUGUGCUUCCUCUAGUAAGCCUAUCUCUAUCCUACUCAUCAAUUGGGGAUGCCAGAGGGACCUUCAACGGGUUCUGAAUUUAGGGCCGGCGGCACAGGUUUUCGUCGUUGAUAGUCAUCGUCCUAUUCAUCUCCACAAUCUCAGUGAGCAGAAUGAUCGGGUAAUUGUUCUCUACACUCAGGAUGAUGAGCAGCAGGCUGAUUUGGCCUAUGACUUUGAUGUCUCCACCGUGGCGAAUGCAUCGGAUUUGAACAGUGAUGAUGAGAUGGAGAGGAAUUCUGAUAGCGAAGACGACAGUGACAGUGAAAGUGAGGAUGAAGAUGGUUCUGGAUCUCGGAAACGAAGAAGGGUCUCUGAAGAAACAGAAGAAGAUCCGGUUAAGCUUUUCAGGAAGCUGAAAAAGGAGUAUUACAACAUGGGUACCUUCCAUGGGAAGCCUUCUGGCCUUCUGAUGUUCGAUCUAUCUCAUUCACUUAGAAAGAACACAAAUGAAUUGCUCUGGCUAGCUUGCGUCUCCUUGACUGAUCAGUUCGUCCACGAAAGACUUACCAAUGAGAGAUACCAAGCUGGGGUUAUGGAGCUUGAACAGCACAUCAACAGCUCAGGGAAUUUGGAUGCAAUUACUUCUGUGACUCUCAAAGAUGGGACCAAGAUCCGGGCUCCAGAUGCCUCGAGAAUUGCAUACGAGGAUGAGCCAAGGCUGAUGUUAUUGCGGGAGUGGAACUUGUUUGAUUCAAUGCUCUGCUCUUCCUACAUAGCAACGAAACUGAAGACUUGGAGUGAUAAUGGGUUGAAGAAGCUCAAGCUUCUUCUAGCCAGGAUGGGAUUUGCUCUUGUUGACUGCCAACAGAAGUUCCAGUACAUGAACAUUGAAGUGAAAAGGAAAAUGAAAGAUGAGUUUGAGCGAUUUCUUCCAGAAUAUGGACUCACAGAGUUUUAUUACCGAAGUUUCUUACGAUUACAUGGGUAUAGCUCAAAGGUAUCUGCAGCUGAUGUCGUUUAUGGUGUUACUGCAUUGCUUGAAUCAUUCGUGAAAUCCGAUGGCUCCUGUGCUUCUGAACAGUUUGGUGUAGCCUAUGAUGCCUUAUCCUUGAGUAAUCUUGAUAAGCUGAGAACGGGGAUGCAGAAUGCGAUUAUGAUACAGCGAGCCAUCCUAAGACAAGGAAGUGCUGCCAUAACUAAGAGCGGUUCCAUAAGGAGUGGGAGAAAAUUCAGGUGGUUGAAGCUUGAAGAUGCUGCUGACACAAAGCUGUUGGGAUAUCCACAAGCCUUGACCAAAUUCUGUUAUUUCUUGAUGGAUGCUCUGCGGGAGAAAGGUGCAAAAAUGAAGCCUCUGAUCUGUGCUUGCUUAACCCAGGAAGCCAACAAGGUUUUGAUUGUUGGGGUAUGCGGCAAGCCACGUCUUGGAGCCGUUCAAGGGAAUGCAUUUGGAGUUGCAUUCAGAGCUGCAGCAGAGGAGAUUGGAGCAGAGUUCUUCCAUGAGUUGUUUGAGUCAUCUUGGAUAGUCUUGGAUGCUGUUGCUGUUAAUUCUUUUAUGAUUAGAAUAACUGAGAAACUUUGAUGUAAGUGAUUUUUUUUCUGUUCUUAUGCAAGUAUGUAAUUGACCACAAUACAUUGAUCUAGUUCCUUGAUUUCUCUUAGUUUGUAUUUGAAGUGGGAAUUCAAUUUCUCGUUACUGGUGUAAUGUAAGUUAUGGCAACAGAAAUUAAUAACAUGGUUGGAACUCCGUUUAUCUGACUA